UGCCCUUCGCCAUUAUUGUCAUGCACUCUCUCCAUCCUCACAGGUUUCAGAUUCUCUCUCACUCUCACUCCAAUAAUAACACCUUCCCUUCUUCCCUCAUUUUCACCCUUUUCACCUUCCUUUCCUUCGCUCCGUUACUUGUUUUUUCUGCUUCUGGCUCUUAAUUAUUGUCUCUCUGCUGGUCUUUUCAUAUGGGGGCGAGUAAUGGCUACUGCAGCUGGCCGGUCUUCUUUGGGUCCGUCGCUACCGCCGCCGUCCCCGAAGUCGCCGCCCAAGUACCCAGAUUUGCACGGGAAGCGCCGUGAAAUCGCUAGGGUUCAAAUGCUCGAGAAAGAGAUAAGUGUUCUCCAGGACGAAUUAAAAUUCACCGAAGGCCUUCAACCUGCUUCAACGUACUGCAAAGAGCUAAUCGACUUUGUGGUGGCAAACGCGGAUCCCCUGUUACCUACAAACAAGAAGAAACACCGGUUAUAUCGCCGCUUCUGGAAGUGGCUCUGCCGGAUGCCCAGUUUGAAUCUGUAUUGGAUCUGCUGUUACUGCUGUGAUGGGUGCAAUCUUCGUCUAAAAUUACCACAAAGAUGUUGUAAAUGCUGCAAAUUAUGCGACUGCACUUGUUGUCUUCCAUCAUCAUGUAGCAUUUGCGUCUUACCAAAGUGGCGAUGCUUCUCUUGUCCCAAAUCAAAUUGCUGUAAACACAGCUGUCGCUGCCAAAAUUGUUGUAUCAUCCCACGCUGUUGCAAAUUUGACUGUCCUUCCAGUCCCUCUUGCUGCACUUGCAAAUGUUCUUGCUCAUGCUCUUGUCCUAGCUGUCCUGUGGUAAACCCAUGUUGUUGCUUCAUGUCAAGGUCCUGUUGGAAGAACUGUUACUGUACAUGCACAUGCCCAAGAAUGACAGUGUGUUGAACAGUGACGCGCCAAACCAAGGGGAAAAAAAAAAAAGAAAUCAAGAUAUUGGAGUGUUUUGAAAAUAAUAAUAGCAAGAAUGAUAAUUUUGCAGCGUUUAACAUUAUUUGAUGUGAGUUUGUACCUAGAAAUGAUAUGUUAGGCAUGCUUAUGUAUAAAACUAUCUCAUCCUGUACAUGUUGAAGUCCUCGUUGUAUAUUUUUCUGGACCUUAGCUAUGUUAGAAAGGGUA